GGACUGUUGAACAUACGAGCUGCUGUAGCUUUGCCAAUUGUACCCCUCGGUACAAUUGGGCUCCAGGACUCAGCAAAGCUCACUCAGACCGUCUCUGGUCUUGAGGUUGGAUGAGAACUCACUGUGCCGGCAUCUACCAGCACUAAACCAGCAACGCUGGCAGAGCUGUCAAGGCCGUCCACUCCGUCGUAGGAUCCAUAAAAGUAGAGCAUGGCUAAGCUGCCCGGCUCAAGAGGGCAGGGGCCCUCUGAUCAUAGCCUCCCUGGCCGCCCUACAAGGACGACACUUCCUGGAAACAUCCAGCAUUUGGUCUCUCCCAGAGCGGCUGCUCCUCAACCAACAACCACCUCGGAGCCAUCUGCGUCUACGCAACCCACCCCCUACCGGUCACUAAACCCAACUCAUCAGCAGUGUCUCGUCAACAUGGACAGCUCCAGAGACAGAAUCAUCACCAAGAUCAUCUCUAAUCCUGUCGGCCAGAUCAUUAAUACCAUCUUGCUGAUCAACCGUAGCGUCGUCAACAGCUUCGUCAUCGUUGCCCUCUGCUUUGUGUUUCUUCUGGCACGCUGGCCGUACUCAGCCUCCAUAGUUUUAACACUGGUGACAUUUGGUCUGUUAAGCCACCUCAUUCUCGUGUCUAGCCGCACCGCGUCCAAGCGUCUCCAGACUGGGGGAAUGGCCGCCCAAACCCCCCACUACACCUUCAUCGUCUGCGGUUCCGGCGGCCAUACCGGUGAGAUGAUCCGGAUGGUCGAGCGCAGCAUCCGCCCCACUGCCAAUUCCCACCGUCGAUGGGCUGUCGGCUUCGAGGACCACAUGAGCUUCAACCGGGUCAUGGAGUGCGAGAACCGGCUCGGCCGGCGCUUCGAGGACGUCGGAACAUUCGACAUCGUGUGCUUCCACCGCGGCCGCGCUGUCCAGCAGAGCUGGCUGACCACCCCGUUCACCGCGCUAGCCAGCUUCCUGCACCUCGGCAGCCUCCUGGUCGGCCCGCCUGCUUGCCGCGACGCAGCAGCGUUCCGGUUCCCCCGCGUGAUCAUCAGCGACGGCCCGGGCACCGGUUUCCUCGUCUUCCUGGCCGCCCAUCUGCUGAAGGUAUUCGCAUUCGUGCCCGAGGGGACCAUGCAGACGCUCUUCGUGGAAAGCUGGGCCCGUGUCUCCUCUCUCAGCCUCUCGGGAAAGCUGAUCUACUACCUCGGACUCGCCGACCUCUUCAUCGUCCAGCACCGCCGGUUGGCGGAGCUCUACAAGGUUACUUUCGCCGGCCGGAUUGCCUGCAUGCCGAAACCUACAUAAGUUCACAUAGGCCCUCGAGAGGUAUGCCACGAUGUUGCUACCUGAUUAGCAAGUUCGCAAGGCAUCGCUGACUGGAACCACUGCUGAGGCCACGUAAGAAUCGCACUUCAUCCCAUUCUGACGGAAGCACUAGGGACGGGCAAUUCUGACGUCGUCGUCUUAUCACCCCCCUUUUCAUGAUUCCGCAACACUCAGAUAUGCCGGUGGAAGCAAUUGCGCGUCAACAUCACUACAUUUACAUCUCGCACCAUGGAAGACAGGAUUCAAUACGGCUUUUCAAGAGUUAAAGUAUGCCUGCCGGUGCG